GUCCAAUGAGGCAACCACGCCCUGAUGAGUUGCGCCUAUACAAUGAAUUCGCUGUACCAGAGCCACAGAGAGAAAUCCACACGAGAAAGGAGGCCAAAGUAUGCUCGAUUACUGUUUCGCAUGAGAUGAACAAUAAGAGUGCAAGUUUGGUGGGUCAGCUCAUCUCCUCCUGCCUCCCGCCUUCACACACACCGCAUCUCACCUCCCCUCUCACAUCCUUCUUUCCUUAAUCCCAUUCUCAUCACCUACGCUCGCCAUCCUAGAUCGAUCUCCUCCUCGUCUUCCAUGGAGUUGCCGGUGACGUCGCCGAGACAUGGAGGCCGGCGACCCGGAUACCGGAUCGAGACCAAGUCGCUGUCCUACAAUUUGCCGGCACGCCCAGUGAAUGCCCACCAGCAAUGCUACGGCAUGGCCGGCAGCAGCACUUCCAGAGUCAUUCUAAAGAAUGUGAGCUGCGAGGCCCCGCCUGGCGAGCUCGUCGCCAUCGUCGGCCCCAGCGGCGCCGGGAAGACCACACUGCUAUCCAUCCUGGCCGGUAUGAUCCACCCGAGCAGAGUCUCCGGUGAGAUCCUCGUCAACGGUCGCCAGAUGGACGUCUCCCGCUUCCGGAGAGUCUCCGGGUACGUCACCCAGGACGACGCGCUCUUCCCGCUGCUGACCGUCGAGGAGUGUCUCACCUACAGCGCCCGGCUGAGGCUCCAAUCCACCAGCCGCGAGUCCGCCGCCCGAGUGAGGGAGCUCGUCAGAGAGGUGGGAGUGGCCCAUGUAGCCCGAUCGAGGACAGGUGGCAUAUCGGGCGGCGAGAGGCGACGGGUGUCCAUCGGCGUCGACUUGGUGCACAACCCGGCCGUGCUCCUGCUCGACGAGCCGACGUCGGGGCUGGAUUCCGUCUCAGCUCUCCACGUCAUCACCUUGCUCAAGUCCAUGGCCGCGCUCCAGGGCAAGACGAUCGUCCUCACCAUACAUCAGCCGGGGUUUCGGAUCCUCGAGCUCUUCGACCAGGUCGUGCUCAUCUCCGACGGGACCGUCCGGCACCAGGGGACGAUCCGCCUUCUGGAGAGCCGGCUAAAGGAGGCUGGCCACUGCAUUCCACCCCACGUCAACGUGCUGGAGUUUGCCAUGGAUGCCAUUGCCACUCUGGCGGCUUUAGAAUCGACACCUCCAGCAGAAGAGGUGAUCGGAAUUCCCAAGUCUGGUGCCAAAGAAGACCGCAUCUUCUACGCCAAUUCGCGGUGCGGGGAGGUGAUCAUCCUCACCGAGAGGUUCUUUAAGAAUGUCGCGAGAACCAGGCAGCUCUUCGCAGCUAGAAUGAUCCAAUCGGUGGUGGCUGGCUUCGGGCUUGGAACGAUAUUUAUGAACGUAGCUAACCUGCAAGCCAGGGUCGGGUUCUUCGCCUUCAGCCUCACCUUCCUUCUGUCCUCGACGACAGAAGGCCUGCCCAUCUUCUUGCGGGAAAGGAGGACCCUUCAAAGAGAGACCUCGAGAGGGGCCUACAGGGUUUCUUCCUAUGUGAUAGCCAAUGCCCUCGUCUUCAUGCCUUUUCUUCUGGCAGCUGCUCUUCUCUACUCCGCUCCAGUGUAUUGGCUGGUGGGACUCAGGAAGGAAAUGGAUGGGUUUCUCUACUUUUCUCUGGUGGUCUGGCUGGUGAUGCUGAUGGCCAACUCAUUCGUCGCAUGCUUCAGUGCGCUUGUGCCCAAUUUCAUAAUGGGGAACUCGAUAAUUGCCGGGCUUAUGGGCUCGUUCUUCCUUUUCUCAGGCUAUUUCAUAGCGAAGCAGAACAUACCCAGGUAUUGGAUCUUCAUGCACUACCUGAGCUUGUUUAAGUAUCCAUUUGAGGCUUUUGUCGCGAGCGAGUAUGGUGGCCCGAGGGGAAGGCAGGAAUGCUUGGAUAGAGAGGAAGACGGAUGUGUCCUUGAUGGAGGAAUGUUCUUGAGGCAGCAGGGGAUCGAGGAGUCUCAGAGGUGGAGCAAUCUGGGUGUGAUGCUGAGUUUCAUAUGUGGAUAUAGGAUCCUCUGUUUUGUGUUCCUCUGGUUUAGAUGUUACAGAAUGAGAAGAUAGAGGCAUUUGUUUUCCCCUUUUUAACUCCCUAAUUCAUGGCUUUCUUUUUCUAGCUCUGAGAAGAAAGCAGUAGGCUUUCUUCUUCAGUAUGCUCCAACAUACAACAACACCCCCCCACACACACAU